AUGGAGUCCGGGCGCUUGACGGCGAGCAGUGGUGGUCUGAUGCACAACAUGACCGACGAGGAGCUCCUGUGGAGGGCGUCCAUGGAGCCUAGGCGGUCCACCCAUUCGUCGACCGUGCCCAAGGUCGCCUUCCUCUUCCUGGUGCAAGGGGCCCUGCCAUUGUGGCCGUUGUGGGAGAUAUUCUUUAACGGACAGGAUAAAGAGCUGUAUUCCAUCUACGUGCACGCAAGUCCCGGCUACACCGACUUGGCCCCUAAGGAGUCCGUCUUCUACGGCCGCCUGAUACCAAGCCAGGGCACGAAAUGGGGCGACAUGAACCUGGUGGAUGCCGAGCGGCGGCUCCUGGCGACGGCGCUGUUGGACCUUGGGAACGCGCGGUUCGCGCUCUUCUCGGAGUCAUGCAUCCCGCUCCUGGGCUUCCCAGCCGUAUACGCCCACCUCACUGGCGGCUCCAACACCAAUGGUAGCUUCAUCGACAGCUACCCCAUCAAAGAGCGACAUGACCCCUUCUUCGCCGACCGCAACAUCAGCCUCGCGCAGUGGCGCAAGGGGUCCCAGUGGUUCGAGAUGGACCGGGCCACCGCUGUCGAGGUCGUCGCCGAGGAACGGUGGUACGCCGUGUUCCGGGGAGACCACGGCAUGCUGAAUAUGGAGGAGCACUACUUGCCGACGCUGGUGACCCUGCUGCGCUGGGGCGCGCGGUGCGAGAACCGGACGCUCACGUACGUGGAUUGGAGCACCCGGCGCGAGCAUCCCAGAAGCUUCCCAGAGAAGGACAUCACGGCAGAGCUGCUCGAGGGGAUGAGACGAGGGGACGGCAAGUGCGGGUACAAGUACCAUGGCGACGAUGACGAUGCCAGCGAGGUGGAGUUCUGCCACCUAUUCGCGCGCAAGUUCUCAAAGGACGCCCUGACAAAGCUGAUCCAGCUCGCGCCUGAGCUUUGGUUGGUCUGA